AUGUCUUCCCCAGUAAAGAACGACCCCUUGGCCCCGACCAAGACCAACUCGGACGCUUCAAAGCUCGGCUCCCACACCUCUGACACGGGCAAGCUCGGUUCCUUCGGAGGUGACCAUGGACAUGGCGCUGCCAGUACCCACGGCGCCUCGCUCCCCAUGCCCGGGCUUUCCGGCAAAGCCAACGGUCCCGUUGGUAAUCUGCUCAGGGGCCCCGUUGACGAUAAUGGCAAGCUCAAGAACGCGGCGCUCAUGGUCGGUGUCAAGCUUGACCUUGAGGCCGAGGUUCACCUCACGGCAAGGGUUCGCGGUGACAUCCUCGUUGGACUUUACUGA